UACUUUACUAUCUCCAAAAUUGCAGGCCUGGCCUGAACGCUUUUUCAAUUUGAAAACGAAGUAGUACGUAACAAACAAAGAAAAACGCUUUUCUUUUCCUCUUCAACAACAACGCACACUCUCUCUCUCAAUCUCAACAAAUCUUGCACCUAAUUUCCGUUAUCCAUUUCCUCUACACCCAAAAUUCACUUUAUUUUCGCUUCGAUCCGUUCCAUUUUCUUCAACAUUUUAUCGGUUUCUUCUCCUCCACCGCCUUUUCCUUCACCGCAUUGCUUCCAGUGUAGAAUUAGUUAAUCAAAGGGGAAAAGGGUAUCCGAAACGAGCAUGCAGUGGGAACAGGAGGGAAGUGUGAAUCAAAUUGAAGAAGAAGGUAGCCGACUUGCACCUCUGAUAACAUGGAUAAAUGCUGUGCUUCCUAACUUUAACCUGCCCCUAGAAAUUUCUGAGGAAGAAUUAAGGGCAUGCUUGAGGGAUGGAUCCGUAUUAUGUACCAUUUUGGACAAGCUGGUUCCUGGUUCGCUGGAGGGAAGUGGUUCUUCGAAUGAGCCGAUGAGCGUCGAAAGGUUUCUGGUGGCCUUGGAUGAACUUGGAUUAUCGGGAUUUGAAUUGUCAGACCUGGAGCAGGGAUCCAUGGUGCCCGUGUUGCAGUGCCUUCAGAAUCUGAAAGCUCACUUUGUAUAUAAUGCUGCACGAGAAAAUAUCCGAGGUUGUUCCAGGAAGAGGUGGGACCAGCCCGUCCUAACAUCCUUUGAAGAAACUGAUAGUCGUCUCAAGGAUGCUUCAAAUUUCCAAUCCGCUGUUGAUGGUUAUGUUGAAUCAGAUGGAAUUGCUUCCCUCGAUCAUCUUGGAUUCAAAUCCAAUGAACUGUUGAAGUUGAAGCAAGGACUUCGCGUGGAUAUUUCAGAUGCAAAACUUAAUGAAUUAUUAACUUCAAACAAUUUGGACAGUGUCUCAACUCAAUUUCUUUUUGACAUAGUAAAUAGGAUCCUAAGUGAUAUCUUCGAAAGGAAGAAUGGAGAUAUACCUCAAGCUCAACGUGCAGCAUGCUUGUUGGGGAAAAUUCUGCAAGUAAUUGAGUUACGCUUUUCAAAUCAAGCAGAAAGCAUGAAAAAUCAAAACAAUAUUUUCAAGGCUCGUGAGGGAAAGUAUCAAACAAAAAUAAAUGCGCUUGAAACCAUGGCGGUUGGGACAACUAAAGAGAAUGAGGUUGUGACAGGUUGGGUUCAGCAGUUGAAGUUUUCUGUGCAGCUUGAAAAAACUAAAUUUGAGGAGAAGAAGAAACUUGAAGAGCAGGAUUUUUCUCAAUUAAAGAAAGACAAAGUUCGCAAUGAAAUUGAAAUUUCUGCAUUGAAGCAAGAUUUGGAAAUGGCGAAAAGAUCACAUGAAGAACAUGUUUUGCAGUUAGAAGUGCAAGCUUCUGAAUCUAAAGCUGAAUAUGAGAAAAGGAUACGGGAACUUAAAUGCCAGCUUGCUGAUGCAAAGACGCAAGUGAAGGAACUAGAGACUUUUUCGGAAUCCAGAUAUUUGAAUUGGAAGAAUAAAGAGCAUACCUAUCAAAGUUUUUUAAAUCAGCAAUUUGGAGCUUUCAAGGAAUUGAAAGCUGUCAUGAAAUCUGUCAAAGAUGAAGUGAUAAAAACAAAAAGAAGCUACUUAGAAGAAUACAAGUACUUCGGAAUCAAGCUCAAAGGUCUAGCCGAGGCUGCUGAUAAUUAUCAUGUUCUUCUAACAGAAAAUAGGAAAUUAUAUAAUGAAGUUCAAGAUUUGAAAGGAAAUAUCAGGGUAUAUUGUCGAAUUAGACCAUUUCUUUCGGGGCAAAGUCAGAACCAUACAACAGUUGAGUUUAUUGGUGAUGAUGGAGAACUAAUUAUUAGCAAUCCUCUUAAACAAGGAAAAGAAAGCCGCAAGCUUUUUAAAUUUAAUAAGGUUUUUGGUCAAGCAACAAGUCAGGAGGAAGUAUUCUUGGACACUCGACCACUAAUUCGUUCUGUUCUUGAUGGGUUCAAUGUUUGUAUAUUUGCUUAUGGUCAAACUGGCUCCGGAAAGACUUACACCAUGAGUGGACCUAACCUAUCAUCAAAGUCAGACUGGGGAGUCAACUAUCGGGCACUUCAUGAUCUUUUCCAUAUCUCCCAGAGUAGGAAAAAUUCUAUUGUUUACGAAGUUGGAGUUCAAAUGGUUGAAAUUUAUAAUGAACAAGUUCGUGAUUUACUGUCAAGCAAUGGUCCUCAGAAGAGACUUGGGAUUUGGAAUACUACCCAACCAAAUGGAUUGGCUGUCCCUGAUGCAAGUAUGCAUUCUGUGAAUUCAAUGCAAAAUGUCCUUGAGUUGAUGAACAUUGGGAUGAUGAAUCGGGCAACUAGUGCAACAGCCUUAAACGAAAGAAGUAGUAGAUCACACAGUGUUCUCUCUAUUCAUGUCCGAGGAACGGAAGUGAAGACCAACUCUCUGUUGCGUGGAUGUCUGCAUCUUGUAGAUCUUGCGGGAAGUGAAAGAGUGGAUCGCUCUGAAGCUACCGGAGAUAGGCUUAAGGAGGCUCAGCAUAUAAACAAAUCACUAUCUGCACUUGGAGAUGUUAUAUUUGCUCUGGCUCAAAAGAGCCCACAUGUGCCAUAUAGAAAUAGCAAAUUGACUCAACUUCUUCAGAGUUCGUUAGGUGGUCAAGCAAAAACCCUUAUGUUUGUACAGCUUAAUCCUGAUGUUGCUUCAUACUCUGAAACUAUAAGCACUUUGAAGUUUGCUGAAAGGGUUUCUGGUGUUGAGUUAGGCGCUGCUCGUAGCAACAAAGAGGGAAGGGAUGUGAGAGAACUAAUGGAGCAGAUGUCAUUUCUCAAGGAUGCCAUGGCAAGGAAGGAUGAAGAGAUUGAGCGGCUGCAGUUGCUCAAGGCCAAUCAUAACGGUGCAAAACCUUUAUCUCCAUCACUAAGACAUGCGUCAUCAUCUCCAAGGAGACAUUCCGUAGGGACUCCCCGCAAAAGCACAAGACUUACUGGAGCAAGGAGCCUGGGAGUCAAUGAAAAAGCUGCUUUUGACACGGAUAACGGCUCAGAGUACAGUGAUAAGCAUUCAGAAGCUGGUUCUCAUCAAUCACUGGAUGAUUUCAGGAACAAGUCCAGUUUCCUUCAGUUGAAAUUACCUCGAGAAGACGUCGAUCAAAAUUUUAAUGACGACAUUGAACUCUUAAGAUUUGGAGAUGCAGAUUCCGAGGAGAGAUUAAGUGAUAUAUCUGAUGGUGGGCUUUCAAUGGGAACAGAAACUGAUGGUUCAAUCAGCAGUAUUGUAGAGUAUACUCUUUUCCCUGAUCCCGAGAAGACAGCUGAAUCCACACCAGUUAAGGAUAUGACAUUCGACAGCCUUCAUGCUCAGAGCAUGGAAAAGCCCAUUAUGCCAUCAAGAAUUCCCAAAGCUCCGCAAGUCCAGCCAAAACUGCAGACAAGAACUUCAAGGUUAUCAUUGAACAGAAGCACCUCGAAGGUUUCGUCAAGUGUUAAAAAAACCCCAGCCGGUAGUUCUUCUUCAGCGAGGCCUUCUAAACGAUGGCAAUAGUUAGGAUUCCACAUGGAUGUUGUAGAGUGUUUGUAGAGAUAGCCUAUAGGAACUUUUAAUUCACGUUAGGUGCUAAAUAUAUUUAUUAUACUGUACUCAAGGCUCAAGAGUUAUAGCUGAUUUCAGCUUCAAUGUGUUAUUAUUGAAUGAGGCAAUUGCAAACUCUAGCUUUGUAAGUUAGUUUGUAUGUAAGUUUCAAGGUCUUGUUACUGAUCACUGAAUCCGUUGUAUUUAUAACUUUCCUUUCAGUAUGUUUUCAGCGUAGCUGAAGGAAGAAAUGCCACAAUUGAUCUAACAUUCAAACCUAA